AUGUAUCAAUUGUGGUUCCUGGUCCUGGCCCUCACCUUCUUCUGCGUGAAGGGUGCUGUGGUCGAACAUCGCGAUACUCCGAGUGUCACGGCUCGACACUCUCAAGACCAACCCCGGGCGGGCGCGGUCACGCCGGCACCUGCCGUCCAGAAGCGCGACCCCGAAGAUCCUUCCGAGGAGCAGAGACCGCCCAGUGCGAUGCAGGCUAGCGAGGAGCGCGUGGAAGGGUAUGACUGGGAGCCGUACCAGCCGUUGACGAUCACGAUUGUCAACCGGUACCACGUGCCCAUUAGCACUUCGCACGUGCACAACUGGGGGUUCCCGGAUCCGAUCGGCGGCGAGAAGACGCCCGGCCUGAUGCAGCCGAGGGAGACGGACCGCUUGGUCGUCCCGACGGGUUGGGCGGGCAACUUUGCCUUUGUAGACGCUCGCUACCAACCCGGUCCCGAUGACUCGCUCAUCGAAGCGUCGUUCGAGUCCGUCUGGGGUGGAGAAGCCUUUGCUGACGUGGACGUCUCCUUCGUGAACGGGUUCAGUCUACCCGCGGUAUGCAAGUGUGACCGCCAGAAGAAGCUGUCGGGCUGCGGGGUCAACCUCUGGUCGGAGAACAACUGCGACGGCUGGAACUGGAACGGCGCGUGCCCCAAUCCGUCGCGCGAGGACCACGACCGCGCGCUGGCCCGGCCCGGAGACUUCUUCGUGCCGUGCCAGGGCCAGGCCUACACCUUUCCCGGCGACGAUGUGGCCAACAGCUUUGGCGAAUGCCAGAGGGGCCAUAUUGUCUGCUGCAUUGGCGAGGACCGGCUCUGCGAGGAUGAGUGGAGACGCCUGCGUCCUGAACACCUGCGUCCUGAACACGCCGAGACCGUUCAGACACGCCCACGCCCUGAGCAUGGCGAGGCCGUUGGGUUACGCCCGCGUCCUGAGCACGGCGAUACAGUUCAGACAGGCCUUCCAGACCGCCUGCGUCCUGAGCAUGGCGAGGCCGUUGGAUUACGCCUGCGUCCUCAACACGGCGAAGCAGUUCAGACAGGCCUGUACGAUCUCAUCACGGCGAGGCCGUUCAGAACCGCUUCAGUCCAGACCGCCCGCGUCCUGAGCACGGCGAGGCCGUUGGGUUACGCCCGCGUCCUCAACACGGCGAAACAGUUCAGACAGGCCCGCAUGUCCUCAACGCGGCGAGGCCGUUCAGAACCGCUUCAGUCCAGACCGCCCGCGUCCUGA